UAUCGGGCUCUGUUUUUCCAGUCUGAGUAAAAAAAUGGGAGAAGAGUUUAGAAAGAAAAGUGAAGUUUGUCCAAAGCUACUUAAUCUGAUGGCGUCAAAGGAGAGAAAUUGGAUUGAUGAAGAAGAUCCUUCAGUCCUCUCUCUGGGUUAUUUUCCUAAAGCCUCUAAACCCACUAAAAGAGGAUUUUUGGACACAGUUGCAGCCAAUACUGAAGGUUGCCCAUCAUCACUACAUGCUGUUGCCUCUGUUAAUGCAGCUAGGCCCAAUAGCAAGAGCUCUCAAUCAAGACAAAGAAAGAAAGAAAGGGGAAGUGAAAAGAAAAGGGAAACACGAAAGAAAAGGGAAGUGAAAAAAAGAGGAAAAAAAGAAAGAAAGAAAGAAAGAAUUCCGAGAUCAAAAGUGAGAAAUUGA